AUGGCAGGGAACCGAGUGCCGCGCGAGGCCGUGGUCGCGGCUGGUGGGUGGGUGCGCCCGGGUGAAGGCGGGCGCUGCGGCCCGGGGUCUCUUCCUCCUCCUCCUCCUCGUGGCGGGUCCAGGGCGCGGCCGCCUCGCCCAGCCCAGAGGCGCACUAGUCCCGGCGCGGAGGCUGCGGCGGCGACGAGGUUGGCGCUGGUUGCCUGGUCUCCCGGCGAAGGCACAGACCCACGCGCAGGAGGCAACCGCGGCUGCCUCGGCUCCGGGUUCUACUAA